GCCAGGAUCACUGCAGCUCACUGCGGUCGAGAGCCCUUUGUGAAGAAAUCUGAUUUUAUUUCUGCGGAAUAGCGAGAUUAAACAUGACAUCUCCUCAGAAAAUCCCGAUAGACCUGAAAAUGAUGAUCAAAGACACUAAACAGGAUAUGGAUGAUGUGCACCAGGCCCUGGAAAAACUCAGAAGUCUUUCGCAGGAAGAGCGUACAGAAGCAGAAGUGCUGCGCUCGAGAAUCGAUGAGCAGUCUACUCUCAUCUGCAUCCUGAAAAGGCGAGCGGACGAGAUGCUCCUGCGCUGUCAGGCUCUGGAGAAGAUCAACGCCGAGCUAGAGAACCUGAGAGCCAAUGUGCAGGUGGAGCUGGAGAAUGAGAGGAAAAAAUCUGAACUGCUGGAGCAGAGGUUCAUGGACCUGGCCUCAAACCACAGAGAGCUCAUCAACUUCAAGAACGAGUACAAAAGCCAGAACGCAAAGCUGGAGAAGGAGAAUGAGAGACUCCAAAAGGAAAAUGAAGCUCUGUUCAGUGAGGAAGUGCAAGAGAAGGAGGAGACCAUUCUCAAACUGACCCAAGAGCUUAAGGAUUUGGCAGAGCAACAUAAGAUACUGGAAAAUGAGUAUCAGGAGAAAACAACAGGUUUCCAGAUUAAGCUGAAAGAACUUAUGAACCUCCAUCGGAUCAAAGAAGCGUCUUUAAAGAACGAACUAAGCGACACACAAAAACAGCUGAAGACUGCUGUAGAGAUGUGUGCAGAGCUUGAUCUUAAACUAAGACAAACUCAAGUAAAGGAAUCAAUGAGAGAGACAGACACUCAAGAAAGACUGGAGAAACUCAUCAAGGAAAAGGACGAGCUAAUUGAUCUCUCUGUGCAGCGUGGAAAAAUCAUAAGGGACAAGCAAGUUGAAAUUCAGGAGCUGGAAAGGAAAAGGCAGGAAGCUGAGAACGGCAGACGACAUGCAGAGGACAGGUUUGAGAAGGAAGCAGCAGCCGUGAACAGUGAGUUAAGAGUGAAGGAACUUCGAGAGGCUUUAGAGAGAGCAGAAUUCUCCUGCAAUGAGUUGAAAAAGGAGUUUGAGGCAUUGAAAAAGCACAGCUGUGAACUGCUUGAAAAGGAGAAGGAGUUAAACUGCAAACUUCGCCACAUGAUCAUCUGACUCUUCCAUUCCAUUCCAUCUGUAUUUCUACCAUCAGCUAAAUCAGGCUUAAUCUUGAGAAAACCAUUCACUUCCUGCUGAGAUGGAUGGAAAAGAAUUAAAGGGAUAGUUUUCAGCUUUCUUUAAAA